AGCGCCCGGAGCUUCCCGCGCCCGCCCCCCGCCCCACUCCGCCGCCGCCGUCCCUCCCGCGCCGCCGCCGCCCCCGCGCCGCGCCGCGCCGAGCCGAGCCCCCGCCGCCGGGCGGGGGAGGAGGAUGGAAACACCCUUCUACCAUGAUGAUGUGUUGAGCGCGCUCGGCAGCGGCUUCGCCCCGUCGGCCGGCGGCAGCAGCAGCGGCCUCCUCCCGCCCUUCCCCGGCGGCAGCAUGAUGAAGAAGGACGCGCUGGGCCUGGCGCUCAGCGACCAGGUGGUGGCCGGCCUGAAGGCGCCCGGCGGCGCCGGCCCCGCGCACCCGCACCCGCACGCGCACCCGCACCCGCACGCGCGGGCCGAGGCGGCGGGCGGCAGCGGGGAGGCGCCCGCGCUGCUGGGCUCGCCCGAGCUGGGGCUGCUCAAGCUGGCGUCGCCCGAGCUGGAGCGGCUCAUCAUCCAGUCCAACGGGCUGGUGACCACCACGCCGACCAGCGGCCAGUUCCUCUACCCCAAGGCGGCGGCCAGCGAGGAGCAGGAGUUCGCCGAGGGCUUCGUCAAGGCGCUGGAGGACCUGCACAAGCAGAACCAGCUGGGCCCCGCGGCCGGGCCCGGCGCCGCCGGGGACCUGCCCGCCGCCAGCCUGGCGCCCGCGCCGCCGCCGCCGCCCGAGCCGCCGGUCUACGCCAACCUGAGCACCUACCCCGGCCCCGCCGGCACCUACGCCCCCGAGCCCGUGCCCUACCUGGCGCCGGGCCCCGCCGCGCAGCACCCGCGCCUGCAGCCGCCGCCGCUCAAGGACGAGCCGCAGACCGUGCCCGAGGCGCCCAGCUUCGGCGAGAGCCCGCCGCUCUCGCCCAUCGACAUGGACACGCAGGAGCGCAUCAAGGCGGAGCGCAAGCGGCUGCGGAACCGCAUCGCCGCCUCCAAGUGCCGCAAGAGGAAGCUGGAGCGCAUCUCGCGGCUGGAGGAGAAGGUGAAGAGCCUCAAGAGCCAGAACACGGAGCUCGCCUCCACCGCCAACCUGCUGCGCGAGCAGGUGGCGCAGCUCAAGCAGAAGGUGCUCAGCCACGUCAACAGCGGCUGCCAGCUCCUGCCCCAGCCGCAGCACCAGGUGCCGGCCUACUGAGCGCCCCGGACUGUGCCCGGCCCCGGGACUGUGCCGGGCCGGGCCGCGCUCCCGCCCCGCCCGCCCCGCCCGGACUCUUCCUUUUUGCUCUAUUUAUGUCCGUGCCGGGCCCCGCGCCCUUUGUUCUCCGCACAUUCCAGCGCGCGGCCCGUGCAGUAAAGCGCCGUGCCCGGA